AUGUGUAUGUCGCGCUUCCAUGCGACACCCCCACACGCUCUCUGGGACAUACACAAAGUGCCCGGGAUGCCGUGCGCUGCUAGCAGUGAAGCUAAGGGAGAUGGAUCAUCAUCAAUCCAGUACCUAGCUUUGGGCGGGCGCCUUCCAUUGAUGCUGAGUGGCCCUCCCCCUCCCCCCGGUGCGCCCGCGCUCAUCGAUCAUCCUCAUUCCCGUCCUUUGGACGUGGCUGCGGCUGCCUUCCUGAUCCGCAACUCUUCCUCCCUCUCCUCCGGCCUUCUCGGGUUUGCAUCUGCAUCGCGUUACUUCCAAUGCGCAGGGCGCGCUCCCCGAGCUGACCCUGCAGGAAUGCUUCCCAAAGAUGGGGGCAAGGCCAGUGGGGCAGGGACCCUGCCUGGGCACGCCACUGCAUGCUGUGCUGCUUCCAAUCCAAACCCGAACCCUGACACAGGCGUCCGGACCUCCCUCCUGGGCCCCGCACAUGCCGAGGCAGCGAAGCAGCGUGUCGCUGCGGCUCCUGCUGUGUCCGUGGGCUUCUCGCGCGGGCUGCGCACGUCGGGGGCUGUUGGCGUUGGCCGUUGGGCGGUCGGCGCGCGGCGGAAGACUGGAAGUGCAGUGGGUACGAAUGCUGGACGUUGCGCACUGACGCGCGGUUCCGAGGCCUGCGAUUGGCGGGACCCUAUGUCGAGGAAUGGCGUGCCCGUACAUGUCUCCGACUCCGCGCCAGCCGGGGCACUGUGUGUCGUCUGCGCAUGUGGGCGGCGCGCAGAGAGAAGAAAGAAGACGGGAUUGGCUCGAAUGCUGUCGGGCACACGGUACUGGCCACCCUUCUCCCAGCUGCGAUGUCCGUCGCGUUUCCAUCCGAAGAUAACAGGUUGCACACACCCAGCCUCGCACGCGCGAAUGGACCCGGAUCAGCUCUGCCUGCAGCCGCGCGCCCCCGCCCCGUGCCCCGCCCCUAUGAACCCAGCCCAGCAUACGCACACCGUGUUCGCGCGCGCGCGUGUCUCCGUCCGCCCAUCCGCGCCGUACCAAAGACUCGAAGACGUCGCAGCCGUGCGCACGCCGCACUUCCAUGCCGCGCCCGCACGCGUUCUCUGGGAAGCAUACGCACGCCGCACGCCGCACGCACGCGACGUCCGGGAUGCUGUGCGCUGCUGGCAGCGAAGGGGGAUGGAUCCUCGUGAAGGUGCCGCGGGGGGCAUGUAG